AUGCCACUUAAAAGGACCCCUCCAUCGCAACAGAACCCGAAGUCGGAUACGAAUCAGAGUUCAGCUGCUGCUACGGCCACAGAUACCGAUAAUGAUAGCUCUAGUAAUGUUGCUAGUAGACCUCGUGGCCGAAAGCGCCAACAUGAUGACGAGGUAUAUGCUUUUAUGUCGGAUAUGAAACAAGCUUUUGAUACCCUCAAAAAUAAACAAGUUAAAAAAUUCUAA